GGUAGCCUAAAAAAACGCAUAAGAUAGCGCGCUGCUAUUUGGAAUCUAAAUCCGGUCGAAAUCACUUGGAUUUUAAUGAGAAGUAGCUGUAGCUAAAUCGUAAACACAUCAGUGGGAACAGAACAAAACUUUCUGGAGUGAGCUAGAGUGAACAGAAUAAUGACGUGGACAGUAUUCUAUGUGUUGCUCACCGUGUGUAUUGGAAGAGCAGUAGCUGGCGUGCCUGAGAUUACCGAUUUCACUAAAGUCGUGAUUCUCCGUGAGUCUACGUCAACCAAUGAGCUUCUCUCUUACAUCAGCUGUACUGACCCCGACGGUGACCCGACCAGCUGUUUCGUCAAAUCGAUGACGCCGUCCUUUCCCUGCAGCGGCUGUUUCGCUGUCUUUGACUGUUCGUCGCCGAGCCCACCCACACAGCAGCACUGCCUGCAGUACAGGCACGGGGUGGGGACACUGAGCCACACCCUGGCACCGUCCUACCUGCUGGAGAUCGUCUGCACCGACGAGAUUGGUAAACAGCCGGCACGGGAGGUCAUACAGGUCAUCAUACAGGCCAACUCGCCGCCAUAUUUUGACCCGGAUGUUUUGAACCUUUCCAUCUCUGUCCUUGCUGACUUCGUCAAUGACGUCAUCUAUAACGUCGAUGGUGAUGACGAUGAAAACGACGACAUCACCUACUCUCUGCAGACAAGGCCUACGUCGUCUUUAAUGUAUUACCAGAUAAAUUCGUCUACAGGAGAAAUCAGAGUCGUUAAGAAUCUUCGUACUGGAUGCCGGAUGACGGAUACACUUUUGGUCUUCAUGACAGACGGCAAGAAUUCUGUUGGACCACUGGUCAUUGAUGUGAAAAUCAUUGGUGCCAACUUUCCACCUUCUGCCUCCAACCUCGAAACCACAGUGUACGUUCCAGAAGGUUCCACGAACACCAUCUACGAAAUGAUCUUUAAAGACCCGGAUCUUGACGUCAUCACCUACACCGUUGCCACAACAACACCCAUAGGCCUAGCUCAGUUACGUGUUGACGGAAAGAAUCCAAACAUUGAUGUGACCGGAAGUCUGGACUACGAGAACCUCGACCACAGAAUGAUAGACCUCAGGAUACAACUGUCUGAUGGCUUCUGCUUGUCUCCCUUGUAUCAUCUGCGAUUAGUGAUAACCGAUGUAAACGAACCUCCAUCUAUCUCACCAACUAACACUAGACUAGACGUAUGUGAAGGAAAGAUCGAGUUCAACCCGAAGUUGAAGGUCACUGACCAGGAUAUACUUGACCUUCACACCUGGCGGAUCAACAAUACAACGUACAACAGGGAUGGCCUGUUCGCCAUUGACCCGUCUACUGGAUUUAUCCGCACACUGGCGGACUAUGACAUCGACAAGACAGGGGCGGUAACUCAAAGAACUGUAAUUGUUCAGGUGGAGGAUAAAGGUGGAUUGACAGCCACAGCUACGGUCACUGUGAGUUUUCUCGACUGUAACGACAACGCCCCUGUGUUUCAGUUCGCGAACUACACAACGUCUGCUACUGAGUGCACGUCAGCAGGUACCAAAGUUCUCCAGCUGUCUGCUACAGAUAAGGAUUCCAGUCGACAGCAGAAUAAUGUCAUCCAUUACAGAGGUUCUGGGGGUGCUGUUGUCGCGGGCUCAAGUGGUGAGAUCAUCGUACUCCACGCAAUGCCAGCUGGAUCAGUUGUGACCUUCCUUGUGUACGCCUGGGAUAUGGGCCAAACGCCGGGACCUUUGAUGAGUGUUAACCCGACCGUGGUUAGUGUAAGGUUUACGAGAUGCCCUCCGACAAGAACACCACCACCUAUCGUCCCAGUUCCACAAACAACAGCUCUAGUGAUCACAACAGAAACUACCACGGUACUCACUCAAAAGAAAGACGACAACCUAGCCUGGAUACUUAUAGCAGCGCUUCUGGGUACUGCUAUGUUAGGUCUACAGGGCUUCAUGGCCUGGCGAUAUGGACCCAGGUGUGUUAGGGCCUGUCAGAAGUUCAACUGUGAGUGUAGUAAACCCAGACGCAGAGUUAGACGUGUGGCACCAGCAAAAGAAGAAAACAUUUACAAUGAGCCUCUGGAGGAGCCUGAACCACCUGGUCCAGGGUUUCUGUUUGGGUUCUGGAAGGAAAGGUACCCCAACGAUGACUUCCAGACCCCACCCGACCGCAGAAAUCUACCCACCCCUGCUGAUAUGGAACCCCACUAUCCACACACGGUGGAUCCAGUGGAUGACCCAAUCCAGGAUGACCUCAAGGAUAUGAACCAGAAGAAAUGUGUUAUUCUGUAGAUGUAGGUCAUGUGAUCAAAUACUCCGUCCAUUUGUUCAGCUAAUGUAGAUUUUAAAUGCGUCUAAAAUAAUGUACAUUUUAUGCUAAGCAUGGUAAAACUGUUUCAAGUCAUGUACAUUUUUAAUACAAAUCUGUAAAACAACAUUAAGUCAUGUACAUUUUUAAUACAAAUCUAUAAAACAAUAUUAAGUCAUGUACAUUUUUAAUAAAAAUCUGUACAAAAACCUUAAGUCAUGUACAUUUUAAUACAAAUCUGUAAAAAAAUCUUACGUUAUGUACAACUUGUUAUAAAGAUUAAGCAUCUGUCUAAAGGCAUGUGAAAUUUGUAACUUUUUAAAAAAUAGUAAAAAAAAAAUCGUAAUGAACUAUAAUAUUUGAAAACUUUUAAAUCAGUUUAAAGGCCUGUAAAUAUUUUAGCUCAAACCACUACAAAAAAAAAACACGAACAACAUAAUUAUAUUUCUGUCUCAGCAUCUAUUAUGUUUUCUACGAAACUGCUCCUUGAGGCCAUUCGAUGCAUAGUUUAGUUGUAAUUAACAAACUAUUAAAUCACACUUGCACAAUAAUUUGUUAAUUUUAUAGAACGUAGCUAUUAAAAAUGCCCAAUGAUGUUUGGAAUAAAUACAAUUGCCUGGAAAAAAACCCUAGCUAAAAUGGGACAUAGAUGCCUGUUUGGCUCUGUCGGUUCUAAUUAAAUACACAUUGAUCAAAGAUUUUGGUUGUAUUUAAUGUAAAAUCAAUCUGAGUAAGUUCCCUUGUAAAGAAAAAAUAACAGAACUAAGCAAUUUUAUAUGAUGUCGUUAUUUAUUUAUUUAUGCGUUGUAUGUUAUAGUUGGGUUUAACAAGCUUAUUUUGUAAAUAGCACAUAAUAGUACGCCUAUUGGUGAAAAU